AUGUGGUUCAUUUGGAAGGAGAGAUGUGAUAGAAUCUUUGAAGCUAAAAGUAAAGACAACUCUGUUUUAAACUUAGAAAUACUUAGACAUGUUGAGUUUUGGUCCACAAAAAAAGGUAAGUCCUUGAGACCCACACAGAAAAAGAAAACCAACUUUAAAUGGAAAGCACCUAGUAUGGGAAGCCUAAAAUUUAAUGUUGAUGCUACUUGGAUUUCUGAAUCUUUAUCUUUUACUUAUGCUUUUAUUCUGAGAAAUGAAUCAAGAGACUGUGAAGGAGGGAAGGCAGGACUUGCAGCAGGUCUCAACCCACAAGAAGCAGAAGCUAUAGGAGUAUGGCAAACAACAGUUUGGGCCAACGAGAAGCAGAUAAAGAACUUCAGUAUUGAGGGUGAUUGUGAAAGUCUUUUUAACUACAUUAAUGGUCAGAAUGCAGACGUUUCUUGGAGAGCUAAAGCUUAUAUGCAAGAAGCUCACAGACUAGCUAAUCUUUGCAACAACUUUUUGGGUUUUGUCUUUAUGCCUAGAUCAGGAAAUCAAGUGGCUGAUAGUAUAGCCAGAUUUGCUAAAAAUAUAACAAACUCUUUUGAAUGGGAAAUGAUCCCACCUAUCUAUAGUAAAAAACAACUCUUAAUAGAUAAAUCUAAUAUUGGGAGUCCCAUAAACCCCAUAUUAUAUGACUCUACUUCUUCUGUAACCAUGACUCUUUCAGAAUCAUAA